CAACAUCUUCGCGUGUGGACGCGUCUACCCAAUUGAUCGCAUCCCGUCCUCUACCCACUUAAUGGAUUGCUGUAUAAAAGAGUAAUUGCGCCUUUCGUUCGCACUGCGUGCUGAUCGUGACAACAUGCUGCAGCUGUCUGGGUAACGAAAGAGGAACAACCAAAAACUGCCUAGGAAUAUGGCGCCUACAUCUCAUGGGAGAGCCAUGCUCACCGGUCGCGAAGCCUUCAGCAAUGGUGCCAUGGAUAGCAACGCCCCUCCGCCUUCGACUCUGGCUGCUCAGUUGGUCGAGAAUAUAUCGACGUCUGCUAGAUCGUCUCGCCCCGAUGAGACUGCAGAGUUGCAAAAAUUGUUCGCUGCUAUCGAGAAGGUUAAGAAUGAGCCUGGUCUGCUUACCUCGGAUCAAGAUAGGGUUGAGCAUAACCACAUGCUCAUCUACGUCUAUGCCCGUGUGGUGCUAGAGGGCCUUAAGUGGGACGAACCCUUUGCCAAUACUUCACAGCUGCGUUCUGAUGCCUUGAGGGCAAUUAAUUUUCUCAGGAUUACUGUCAACGAAACCCCGGAGGUCCUCCUUUUCACUGCUGGCACGGGCGCAUUUCUCUUCCGCGGUCCCGAGCCACUUUGGAUUUGGAUAUUUCCCAAGGUCCUUAAAAUGCUUGGGAACAGCGUAUGCUCGGAUUUGGGUGCCCCAAUUGAGCAGUUUUUCAGUGAAGUGUAUUUGGCAGCAGCUCGAUCAAAUAGCCUGUGGUCGCAUAUUCCACAGUUUUUGGCAUAUCUUCGUAGCACUUUUGAUGUUGUUCAAUCAUAUCUGACUGAGUUACCGUCGACAAGCCGGGAUCCUCUUCUGAAAUUGCGACUGCCUCAGGACAGUUUCCUGGAGUCUCUCGGUUACAGCCAGCUCCCACAUCUUCAGGAACAAUGCACUUACACUCUAGGGAAAGCAUCCCAUGCCCUACAGCAUGCUGCAGAUCUUUUAUCAGUUUUGUCCAUUCCUCUGUGGGAUUCUCAAUUGAGCCCCAGAGCCCCUCCAUUGUUUCAGGAAGCAAUUCCGUGGCUGGUGGAAGCUUCUCUACGUAUCAACAUCACAAGAAAUCGAUGGCAAAAGAUUCCUACUUCGUACCUGCCACGAUCCUUGCGAGAUGCGAUACGAAUUCUUGAUAAUAUGAAUCUCUUAGUAAAUACUGAGGGACUAGUCAAAGAGAAAAUCUACAUGCUCCUGGUUCACCUCUGCGUGGAUGUGCUUGUUCAGCGACAGGCAACAUCUGGCUUAGAAAGUAUGUCGAGUGUUGAUGAUACAUUGCUGAGUAUAGCCAUCGUAAAGAUAUCGGAAGCAUGUCUGUGGUCCCCAACUGUGUCUCGCCUUACAGCAUCUCAGAUACUUCCGAUAAUUGAGAAGCCAAUAAGCUACGACAGAAUUACACCUAAUGGGACCGAUUUGUGGAGGAGCCUGGAACUACUCCGGCGGGUGGCGCGAGAUCCCCCUCCAACAACCUUAGACCCUAUUAUGCAACCAGACAAGUUCCUCAAUAUCGACAUUCGACGCUAUGUCAAUGAGCUUACGGGGUCUUCGACACAAACUUUGGAUUUGGAACCUCGAUCGAAACGCAGAAAAACAGGCCGUCCACAAAUGCUCCCUAAAAUAACCAGCCUCUUGUGGGAACUUAUCGGAGCAGAGCCGCAAGACACACUCGCUUCCUACUCAAGUGCUAUUCAGUCGGCAUAUUCAGGCCUUUCCGAUUCAGACAAGAUUCGAGUCAUUCACCUGAUUGCAGAUGUAUGUUGUGCAGCUGACGAAACUCUCACAAUGACUGCUGGGGAUAAUCAGACAACGUCACGAUUUAGUUGUCCUGACUGCCAUACUCUGAGAACUAACCCCGAUGGGUCCACAUGUAUAGAUGUGAAAGCCAAAAAGCUUGCUACUGAGAUAUUUACCUGUCUAUUACAAACUGAAAGCUUCCCUGAGUCACGGAAACCGCGAGUAGCUGCAAUGGUAGCACUGAGACGUAUAGCCAAGCACUGUAACUCAUCAGAUUUCGUUGACAUGGAAGUCUCUUUCGCCGCGCAAUGGUGCUUGAAGUCACUGCAUAGCUCGCAGAGAGAAUUGCGUAUUGCUGCAGGACGAACGCUUGCCGUUUUUCUUGCUCAUCAUGAUCGUUCUGCUAUCAAAUAUUCUAUCAUACAGAAGAACAGAGGAAUCGCGCUCGGCAUCCUUAGGAAUCUCUCUGACCGAAACGAGGCAAAGUUUACGGAGUCAUGCAUUCUGGCUUGGUCUCACGUGUCAUUGGUGCUCUCCGAUGAUGAGUUGAUACUCGUUCUAGUCAAGCUUGUUGAAUACUUGGGCCAUCAAAGUGCAAUCACCUCGGCCGCUGCAUUCACAGAGAUCCUUCAAAUUGCACGCCAUCGCUCGGUCACUCCUAGGCAGUUAUUUGAUCUCUAUUGGAACUCAUUGGCCUAUCUAGCGAUUAGGGAUGUAAUCGCACAACCAAAACUCACUCGGCUCCUGGCGGAGAUUCAGGAUAUGACUGUUUCCCAGUUGCUUCUCCAUAUUCAGACAUAUGCUCUGCCAUACCUUGUUCUAAACAAGAAAAAAGAUGUUAUUCAGAUGAUUGCGGAAGUUCGCAACGAGACCGAGCCGUGGCAGCCUUGCCUCGACAAUGCUAAUCUCGGCCGCAUAUUAGCUCUCUUACUUACACAAGAAACGACAGAUAUUCAAGAGUAUACAAUGUCUUUAUUGAGGCAUAUCUCACCACAUUUUGAUGAAUUCGGCCUUGCCGACUUGCUUCAAAUCGAGCCCUUAGCUACCACUUUUCACAUCCUUAAAGCCGCGGCUGAUGCAGAUGAAAGUCGCAAGCCUCAGAUCCGUACCGCAUUGAACCAAAUGGCUAGUAUGAUUCUCAUCGCCAACGGAGAGUCGAGGAAGAAGAACCAUGCAACUGGCCGAUUUUUGCACCACCACGCUCUUGGUUUAAUGGCCCAGUUGACGGAUGUCAUAAAUGACGUGUCUAUUAUACGAGCUCCAUUCCAUGAGCGGCGACGGUGCAUUUCAGCCAUGGAAGAAAUGAUACGAAUAGGGAAAAACGAUGUUCGCAUCGCACGCCCGCAGAUCUCUGCUUGUAUACUUGCUGCAUUGUCGCGCGAUGAACUUCGCGAAGCGGCUUUUUCAUGUUGGGCUGCAAUGAUGUCCUUUUUUGAGGAAUCUGAAGUCGAUAUUCUCAUUGAGACAACAUUCUAUCUCAUUUACCAGUACUGGCCGGUUCUCGAGGAAAUCUCGCAGGAACUUGCCAAAGAUCUGAUUAAGUAUCUUUUGGAAAAACAGCAGCCUACGGUCAAGAAGUAUAUCAGCAAACUGCCAUCUUUCAGUCAUAUCAAGGAAUUGUCUGCUAUUGAGUCUAUGCUUAGUAAGCUGCGAUCUCCGGUAGAUAAUCACACUGCCUUUUUCAUGUUGACUGAAAGGUUACGCCAUGAAACCUCUGGAGUUGUUCUGUAUGCCUUGAGAGACCUUGCUGAAUACUUGCAAAGACAUCAAGGUUAUCUACAGGCGUCUGCAGUUAGUGAAAAGCCCGACUAUAUCGUCUCUAGCCUCGUUAGGGCACUCCUCAACUGCAUAUCAAGGUAUAAUGGAUUUGAUAGCGAAAUUACCGAACUCUGUGCUCAAUGCAUCGGUUUGGUCGGUUGCCUUGACCCAAAUCGUAUCGAAGCAGUUAGAAAGGAGAGCCGAAUUAUUCUGACAAGCAACUUUGAAGACUCAUCCCAGGUGACGGAGUUCGUCUUCUUCUUGCUAGAGAAAGUCCUAGUGAUCUCUUUCGUUAGUACUACGGACACUAGACUGCAAGGCUUUUUGUCUUACGCCAUCCAAGAACUUCUCGAGAGAGGUGACAUUGCAGAAGCGGUCAAGAUGGAAGGACUUGGGAAGGGCGAGGUCGUGUACAGGAGGUGGUGCUCUGUUUCACAGAGUGCACAGGAGAUCUUGACUCCCUUUCUAACGUCAAGAUAUAGGCUCAUGCCUAUGAGCCAACAAAAGAUCGAAUACCCCAUAUUUGGCCCAGGAAAGACUUAUGGAAAUUGGAUGAGGAACCUCACUCUUGAUUGCCUGCGAAGACCCCAAAACCCAGUUGCGAUGCUUUUAUUCGAGCCUCUGUGUCGAUUGAUUCGAGUGAAAGAUCUGUCAAUCGCCGAAUUCCUUUUCCCCUAUUUAAUCGUACACAUGAUUCUCGGCGAGGAGAUUAAGGAACAAGAACGGACUGCUGUGCUUCAAGAGUUACUCAAUGUUUUGCAGUAUGAAGUUCCGGCGGAGGCGUCAUACGCCGAAAGGGAGGAUAGGAAGCUGUAUUGUGAGGCCAUCUUCCGCUUCCUCGAUUAUGCUAUGCGCUGGAUUCAUCUGAAACGAAUGUCAUCUAACCAGUCCUCUGGAGACACUGCUAGCAUAGAGAAAGUGGCGAACUACCUAGCAUCAUUCCCAGCGGAGCUGAUAUCUCAACGAGCAAUAGACUGCUCUGCAUAUUCUCGCGCCCUAUUUCAUCUGGAGCAACAUAUCCGUCAAGUUGACGAGUCCAAAAACAGUGUCCAUGACAGAGAUCGAUUGAUUCAGCGAGUUCAGGAUAUUUACACACAGAUUGAUGAACCAGACGGGCUGGAGGGUAUAUCAGCACACCUUCACGUACUUGACAUUGAACAGCAAGUUUUAAGUCAUCGAAAGGCUGGCAGAUGGGCUGCAGCUCAAACUUGGUACGAAAUCAAACUUGCCGAAGAACCAGACAAUAUAGACGUACAGAUAGAUCUGCUCACUUGCCUAAAGGAAUCAGGACAACAUGAUGUCCUGUUGAACUAUGUCGAAGGCAUCGAGAAGCAUACGGCUGUUGCAACCAUCAAUCGCAUUGUACCAUAUGCGGUUGAGGCUGCUUGGACAACUGGCAGGUGGCUGACAAUGCAAAAGUUUCUCAGCAAAUACCAAGGAGAUCCGUCAGAAGACUUCAACGUGUCCAUAGCCCAAACAUUGUUGUAUCUUCGCCAGGGAUUGACAAAGGAGUUUUUCCAGACUAUGAAGACUAUUCGAGGUAGAGUCGGCUCGUCCAUGACCUCCUCGACAACUGCAUCGCUACACGCUUGUCAUGAGCCCAUACUGAGAGCUCAUGUACUGACUGAUCUCGAACUCAUUGCUGGUGUAAAUAACGAUGGAGACCAACACCCUCAGGAUAUUCUCAAAUCGCUUGGCCGACGACUAGAGGUGCUCGGCUCUUAUGUGAAUGACAAACAAUAUGUCUUGAGUAUUCGUCGAGCGGCCAUGGAACUAUCGCGACCACGCUUUGGCGACAUGGACAUAUCGGCGCUCUGGCUUUCUAGUGCUCGACUAGCAAGGAAGGCUAAUAGCAUGCACCAAUCAUUUAAUGCUGUUCUUCGUGCUUCACAACUCGGCGACGAGUCAGCUACGAUAGAGAAUGCUCGUCUUCUAUGGAAGGAAGGGCAUAACAGGAAAGCUAUACAAACACUCCAAGGUGCUAUCGAUAGCAAAGUUUUCUCUCAAUAUAGCUUUAGUGAGCACGAUGCUUCCGAAAGGAACAUUGGCUCACAGCAGAACAUGUUGACCGCUCAAGCAAAGUUAUUGCUCGCAAAAUGGCUUGAUACUGCAGGCCAGACCAAUGCUUCAGCUUUGAGAGAGCAGUAUCGAGCAAUACCCCAAAUAUUUGGUCAAUGGGAAAAGGGUCAUUAUUAUGUUGGUCGGCACUACAAAAAGGUUUUGGAGUCUGAAAGAGCCUUGAAGCCGGAUGAUCAGACUGACGAAUAUCUCACGGGAGAGGUUGCAAAACUCGUGAUCGAGAAUUACUUGAGGUCUCUCAGUUAUGGCACCAAAUACUUGUAUCAGACUCUGCCCCGCAUUUUGACUUUAUGGCUCGAUCUUGGUGCUCAAAUUGACAAAGCGCCCGAAGGGAAGGUGUCUCUCUCACGAGAGCUUCUCCAUCGUCGAAAGAAGCAACUCGAGGCCUUGCAUGAUAUCCUACGCAAGCAUGUCAGCCGUCUACCUGCAUACAUCUUCUACACAACGUUGCCUCAACUCGUCGCGCGGAUAGCGCAUCCUCACUCGGAAGUUUUCAGGGUGCUACAGGCGAUCAUACUCAAGGUUGUUGAAGCAUUUCCUAGACAAGCCUUGUGGAGUCUCUUCGCUAUCAUGACUACCAAACAGGCUUCUUCAGAGCGCAGGGCGCGAGGCCAGCAGAUCCUACUUCACGUGAAAGAUCGUAACAUCAAAGUGGAAGCUGGCGCCUUCAGUCUCCCUUCGCUACUACGUAAAGGAGAGAGAUUAGCGGAUCAACUCCUCCUAGCUUGUAACAACGGCGAUUUCCAAAGCAAUCGAACAACAAUGGCCAGCAUUACCCGAGAUUUGCACUUUAACCACAAAUGCACGCCCUGCCCUCUAGUCGUCCCCGUCGAAACGUGUCUCACAGCGACGCUUCCCACACUAACUGAUAACUCAAAACGGCAUAAGGCGUUCUCUGGGGAUGUCAUUACAAUUGACUCAUUUCUUGAUGAGGUUUUGGUUCUCAAUUCCCUUGCGAAACCUCGGAAACUCACAGCUCGCGGCUCAAAUGGUGUCAAUUAUGGACUUUUAAUUAAGCCCAAGGAUGACCUUCGUACCGACCAGCGGCUAAUGGAGUUCAACGGUAUAAUCAACCGAUCGCUAAAGCGGGAUGCAGAGUCGAGCCGACGGCAGCUAUAUGUUCGAACCUACGCAGUUACGCCACUCAACGAGGAAUGCGGUAUCAUUGAAUGGGUGGAAGGUCUUAAGACACUGCGUGAUAUACUCUUGACUAUCUACCGUUCGCGUGGAAUCGUUCCCGAUUAUCGUGCUCUGCAGGAAAUGAUGAAGAAUGCCGCCACAGGGGAUAAGAACACCAAAAUAUUUACGGACGGUGUACUGGGCAUGUUCCCACCAGUGCUACCCAAUUGGUUCAUAUCACAGUUUCCCAACCCGUCCGCUUGGUUCACAGCCAGGCUCAGGUAUACUCGGUCUUGCGCCGUCAUGUCGAUGGUUGGGACAAUUUUGGGACUGGGCGACCGUCACGGCGAGAAUGUAUUGUUUGAAGAAGGCAACGGCGGUAUUUUCCACGUCGACUUUAACUGUCUCUUUGACAAAGGUCUUACCUUUGCGCAACCCGAACGAGUACCAUUCCGACUCACGCACAACAUGGUGGCCGCGAUGGGCAUAUAUGGAUAUGAAGGGCCUUUUAGGAAGUGUUCGGAAUUGACGCUGAGCAUUCUUCGACAGCAGGAAGAGACACUCAUGACCAUCUUGGAGGCGUUUAUCUACGAUCCCACUUUGGAUCUUCAAAAAGACAAGCGUAAAAAGCAUGAGGUGGUACGACUCAACCCACAGAGUGUGGUACAGAGCAUCAAGAGGAAAGUCCAGGGUUUGCUUCCCGACGAGAGCAUUCCGCUUGGUGUGGAGGGACAGGUUGAUGAACUUAUUAAGCAGGCGGUUGACCCGAAGAACCUUUCAGCCAUGUACAUUGGGUGGUGUCCGUUCCUUUAGGGACUUGGUAAGGUUACAUUAGCUGGUAUACUGCAUAUAAAAGGAUUCGAGGGUUUUAGAACGCCUCGAUGACUAGAGUUCGGCCAGCCCCAAUAUAUUGUGCUCAAGGUAGGGGACAGACUAAGAAUGUAAUGUGAAAUAUGAUAAAGAUAAUGCCAAUUCAUUUUUUCUUAUACCCACAUAUACCUACCGUCCAGUGUCUGC